AUGGAUCAAAAUAAAGAAAUUUCGAAGAAAGAGAAACUUAAAAUUUGGUGCAAGAAGUAUCUGUUAGAAGGUCAAACUCUUGACGACAAGCAAGCGGGAAAAGUUGAAAAUUUUCCAGAUAAUCCGACAAUUAAAGAUUUAAUUUUUAUAAAAUACAGAAAAUGGGUUGCCAUGCUUAUACCAAUGACACUUAUUCAUAUUAUUUGGUGGUCUGUGGCCAUUCGAUAUAAUCUAUUUCAAUGGUAUCCAACAUAUUGGCAUAUGCCUGUUGUUAUGAUUCUUGGAUCAGUGAUCGGAGGAAUGACUUCAGAAGGAGCUGGAGCUGUUGCGUUCCCUGUAAUGACACUCGCUCUUCAUAUUGAUCCAAAAAUUGCUAGAGAUUUUGCAUUGAUGAUGCAGAGUAUUGGAAUGACAUCUGCCCUGAUUUGUGUGAUUAUAAUGAAAGUGGAAUUUGAAAUUCGUGCUGUGAUACUAGGAUGCCUUGGAGCAAUUCCUGGAUUCAUAAUUGGUGUUCAUUGGAUUGAUCCAUUACUUUCUGGUCCACAGAAGAAAAUGCUUUUUGUUUCCAUUUGGACAGCAUUUGCAUUAUCACUUGGAAUUUUAAAUUCGCAAAAGAAGAGAUCGACAUUCCGUGAAAUUCCAGAAUUCUGUGCCUGGAAGGGAUGGGUUCUGUUCUUCACUGGAAUCAUUGGAGGAAUCUUCGAUGCAUUCGCUGGAUCUGGAAUUGAUAUUUGCAUUUUCUCAGUCAUCACCCUGUUGUUCCGUGUUACUGAGAAGACUGCUACACCAACAACUGUCGUUUUGAAGGGAACAAUUGCUGUGUUUGGAUUCUAUUAUAGAGCUGUUAUGAUGGGAGAUAUUGAUAUUAUGGCAUGGAGAUAUUUUUCGGUUACUGUACCAAUCUCAGCUUGUGGGGGACCGAUUGGAUCAUUUCUAGGAUCGCAUUUACAUCGACAACUAGUUGCUAGCUUUGUAUAUAUUCUGGAAGCAAUAGCUCUUGUAGGAUUUUUGUUAACUGAACCAGGAUGGCAGUUGAUAGUUAUCGGGACUGUUAUCAUAAUAGGAUGUUUCGUUUUCUUCUCAAUCGUAUCAAAAGUUGGUUCAGUUCUCAUGGAGCAUUCAAAUGAAGAGAAAGAAAAUCCGUUGCGAAAUAUGGAAGAACAGAAAACGGGUCAACAAUAA